GAAGAGAUAGGCCUAUUUUCUCUACAAGAAAGCGUCCAUAGUUUCAGGUGGAAGCAACAGGUGACAGAUUCAAGAUGCCAGGCACUGCACGGCAUGACAAGGAGAUGGCCAUCCAAGCCAAGAAAAGCCUUGCCCACACCACCGAUCCAAUCGAGAAGCUACGCCUUCAGUGCCUGGCAAGGGGCUCAGCAGGCAUCAAAGGCCUGGGCAGGGUUUUCCGCAUCAUGGAUGACAACAAUAGCAGGACCCUUGAUUUCAAAGAGUUCGUGAAAGGGCUCCAUGAUUACGCUGUGCUGAUCGACAAAGACGAAGCCGAAAAGAUUUUCCGAAUCUUUGAUAAAGAUGGGAACGGAACAAUUGACUUUGAUGAAUUUCUCCUGACAUUAAGACCUCCUAUGUCCAAUGCAAGGAAAGAAGUCAUCAUGCAAGCUUUUAGAAAGCUAGAUAAGACAGGGGAUGGAGUCAUCACCAUUGAAGAUCUGCAAGGAGUCUACAAUGUAAAACAUCAUCCCAAGUACCAAAAUGGAGAAUGGAGUGAAGACCAAGUUUUUAGGACUUUCCUGGACAACUUUGAUUCACCCUAUGAUAAAGAUGGACAGGUCACAACAGAGGAAUUCAUGAACUAUUACGCUGGUGUCAGUGCCUCGAUAGACACCGAUGUCUAUUUCAUUGUGAUGAUGAAAAAUGCUUGGAAAAUCUGAUAUCCUAAAACGACUCUCUUAUUCUUGUGCUUUUGUUCUAAACAUCUCCUUCGUCCAAUAGGCAGGACAGUGUUUAUACUAUAUGGAAUGACAUUGGCAGCCUUUACCAAAAGAAAUUAAAGUGUCUUAUUGUGACUGUGAUCACUGUGUCCAUUGUUUUAGCUCCACCAAUAUCAGGGAAGAAUUGAUUUUUCAGCAAGCAAGAUUUCUCGAUGCAAAUAACACGGCAAACAGGUUAAUAACGUUCCCAAGAAUAAAUGGUGGUGGAAUCAAAGUUUUUUAAAAAAAUUCUUUCUCCAGCUACAAGCUAAGCAUUGAAAAGAUUACUUAAGCUAUCCAGUCUGGCUUGGUCUUCUGGACUGGAACUCAAAACAUCUCCUUCAGAGGACCUCCCAACCUCAACUUGAAUGUAUGUCAUGAAAUACUUAGAUAAUUGCCACUGUUAGGAAGUUUUUGAUAACAUUCAGUUAGAAUCUUUGUUUAUCAGAAGACCCCAAGCCUACCUGCUCCAGCUGUUUGUCUUCUUUUCCUUUCUUCUCCAAAAUACUUGGUAGAAGUUGAGGGAACAUCAUGUAGGAGAUGUUGCAGGAUUUAUUUAUUCAUUUGUUUAUUUAUUAAAAGAAGUUCAGGAAACACAGAACCAGGAACUGUGACUUGUAUUUAGUGGCCUCAUUACUGU